UAACAUUGAUCACUACCGUAAACGGUGUGUUGCCAGAAGAUGUACCCCACAGGCUUCUCGUGACAAGACCCACCAAGGCCAGACUUUUCGAAGUCGGAGUAGGCUGCCUGCAGACAUCUCAAAUAAAGGAGACUUUAGCUAGAUGUAUUUUCAGAAGUGGACCUUUUGGAACAUACAGACAGGACCUGCUGGGGCGUACUGCAUAUGACAGGCCUACAUAUAAGAAGGAUUAGAAAAACAUUCCACUAGAAUGGGGGACAAUGAAGAACUUGCAUGUGCUGUCCAAUGCCUAGAACAAGAAAUACAGCAUCUAGGUGGAGAGGGGAUCCAGAGCAAUUCCGAGCGAGUUGCUCUAGUGCGUGAAAAUGACUCCCAGAGUAGCGGGAAGUGUUUUUUCUCUUGGUAUGAUACGGUGGAGACUUACAUGAGGACCAGGACGUAUCCAAAGGGUGCAACCAGGGUCAUGAAAAGCGGUAUCAGAAAUGCCUCCAAGAACUUUUGUUUGAAAGAUGACGGUCUUUGGCGCCACAGUGCUGGAAAGGAACGCAAAGUCCUACGCAGCCGAGAACAAGUGAAGGCUGUGCUUCAGCAAUACCACGAGGACCACAACCAUGCAAGCAGUCACGCCAUGUAUGACCAACUGAGAGUUCUUUUCUACUGGAGCAACAUUUCUGGAGAUGUAAAAGAAUGGGUUGACAACUGCCCGAUAUGCGGCGCAGGGCGUGGAGGAAAGGCCCUGACCAAAAGGGUCGCCCAAAUGCACUGCCUCUGUUAUGGAUGCCAAAGUAGCCAGGACCAAAGUAGUGAAGGCGACACGAGGACCUUUCACCGGUUCCCCGUUAAUGAUCCUGACAGACUCAAACUUUGGAUCUCCUAUGCCAAACGGGAUCAGUGGUCGGUAACCUCAAGAUCUGUCCUGUGCUCCAAGCACUUCACAGAGGAUUGUUUUGACCGAUCAGGAGAGAGUGUGUCUCUCAAACCAGAUGCAGUCCCAACUGUGCCCAUGGAUUCCAACUCUCAGCAGGAGGACAAUGAAGAUGGCGUCUGCUUUUUCGAAAAUCUACAACAUUUAGAGCAUCCAUAUUCAAAGGCAAUCCAGAGCAAUCCAGUUCAGAUGGAUUCAGCCCGGGGUCAUGACUUCCAAAACAGAGGGAAGUGUAUUUUCGCUUGGUAUGAUGCAGUGGAGAGGUACUUGAAGACUAGGAUGUAUCCACAUGGGGCAACCAGGGACCGCAAAACGGUUCUCAGAAAUGCCUCCAAGCGCUUCUGUUUGAAAGAUGAUCUUCUUCACCACCGCAAACGGAUGCGAUUAGUACUUCGAAGCAGGGCAGAGGUGAAUGAGAUGCUGAGGGAAUGCCAUGACAACCGAGGCCACAAAGGACAUGACCAUUGCAUUCGUGAGAUCAGCAAGAAGUACUAUUGGGGAAGGCAGAUGAAAGACAUUGAGCACUGGAUUGGCAACUGUCAGCAUUGCCUGGAAACGGAUGAAACGACCAAAAAUUUUAUCUGCUCUGUGGAUGGCUGCAGGAACCGUUGUGGUCCGGUGGAGAGAAGCUUGGGCCUGACUUUUCAUCGGUUUCCUUUUGAUGAUCCUACAUCCUUCAGCCAGUGGAUCCAAAAACUCCAGAGAAGCAAUUGGUCACCACACACCAGGUCAGUGGUCUGCAGUGUCCACUUCACUGAGGACUGCUUUGAGUUCAAGGGCCGAAGAAAGCUGCUGAAAAGCCACUCAGUUCCCACUCUGUUACUUGGCAAGACAACUGUGGAGCAAAGCACAUCACAAGGCCCUGAUGCAGCGAGCAGCUUGGAAAGUUCUCAGAGGACUUUCUUUGCAAAAUACGACGCAGUGCACAAAUAUGUGAGCACCGGAGUAUAUCCUCCAGGCUGUACCGCUGUGGACAAAAACACGUUGCGCCGACUCUGUAGACGAUUUUCUGUACAUGAUGGCGUUCUUUACUACAGCAACACCAAACAGAACCGAUGCAAAGUUUUGAGAACGAGAGAAGAGGUCCACGCCACGCUCUCGGAGUACCACAACGACAUGAACCACCUAGAUGAGAAGACGUGCAUCAAGCUCAUCUCCAAGCACUUCCACUGGGGAUCGCUGAACAAUGAUGUGCGCUGGUGGGUGGAGAAGUGUGAGGUGUGCUCUGCUGCCCGCCAUCCUCUUGACCAACAGCCAGAGACCUCGACCAGUCCUGCCGCACCAGCCUCUCCUGCCGCACAGGUCUCUCCUACCGCACAGGUCUCUCCUACCGCACAGGUCUCUGGGUGGGGGAGAAAAGUCUCUCCUGCCUCACCAGCCUCUCCUGCUGCACCAAACAGCCCAGAAUGCAUUGAGCCUGACUGCUUCAUCCAGGGCGAGGAUAUAGAGCCCUCUGCUAGAGACUUGGCCAGCUUCAGAUCUCGGAGUGUUGACCCAAAAGAGGCUGUUGCCGUGGCAAAGCGAGUACCAACCACUUACCUGAUCGCCAAUGUUCCUGGCAAGAGAAUAACUUUGCUAGACAAGGCUACAAUGCCCCUCCAAAAGAAACGCAAAGUAGGCGGAGGCGAAGACGUGCUAUCCAGCCACCGCAAGUUCCCUUUUAACGGUCCUAGCAGACACAAACUUCAGAUCUCCUAUGCCAAAUGGGACCAGCGGUCGAUUACUUCAAGAUCUUCCCUCUGCGCCAAGCACCGUUCAGGAGAGAGUGUGUCUCUCAAAACAGAUGCAGUCCACACUGUACCCAUGGAUUCCAGCACUCGGCAGGAAGGCAAUGAAGAUCUUGACUGCUCUUUCCAAAACCAAGAAGAACAUUCAAAGCAUCCAUAUUCAAAUGCAAUCCAGAGCAGUGCAGAGCAGAGGGAUUCAGCACGGCAUCAUGACUUCCAAAACAGAGGGAGGUGUAUUAUUCGCAAAGUAGGCGGAACUGGAGACAUGCUAUCCAGCCACAGCAAUCCCCAGCCCUGUCAUGGAUUGGUAAUGGCAGUACGGGACACGUCACAACCCUUGAGCGCAAGGUCCGUUUUACAGCGGUGCUCUUUGGCCAAAAUUCGAAUAAAGCCAAAUGAUGAAAGUGAACUUCCAAAAGGUUUCAAACGGAUUGGUACUGGCCUAGUGAUCUACUUGAGUUUCUUCAAAGGAGCCAAAGUUGCGAUUAUAUCAAAAAUGGUGAGAGCCUUGUUGGGGGCUAAAUUGUUCCGUGUGAAGGGAGGAGGACUGACGUCGGUGCUCGAUCUUCCUGGCAGUGUCCUCAUAGUGCCUCAGCAGUCAUUGACGGGGACAUUGAACGAAGAUGAUCGGUUUGACUACAUUCGGCGGAUCGAUCAGUCAAAGGGAGAGAGGCUAUACAACGACUUUGUGUGCCAGUGCGAGAGAGCUCUAGCGUAUUCGGAAAGGUGGAUGGAGGCCAGAUGCGUGGUCCGCUAUGGCAUCUAUGGUCAAGAACAUACUGUCGUCGUCCAUGCUGACGAGCCACACACUCACACUGUGGAAUUCUAGAUGCGCUUGUGGUAAUAUUUUCACAGACUGUUUACAGCGAUCGAUUGGUUUCAGAAAGAGCUCAAGUUAUAAUUAAUGUUCUAAAAUAAAUGUGUUUCUCUGUAAAUGAGUAAUGUGUAAAUGUACAAUUAAUUUCAUGAAGUCACAAAGGAGAGAUUUUCUAAAAACAAAUGUUUGGUGGCCUACAGAAAAUGGUGUGAAAAUGGAACGAGUAAUUUAAAUAAAAAGUAUAUUGGUCGCAUAAAAUGA